UGCGCGAAGGGUUCUGUGCUCUGCCUUUCAAGUCCCGGAUGUAUCUGUUGUGACCGGUAAAUUGAUUCGACAUCAUUUUAGGACUGAUACGGACUAAACGCGUUCGUUGCACAAGCGGUGAGAGCCAAGACAAAAAACCUAAUCUACCAGGAUUAUUCAAGACAACUGCUCGAUACUGUGCGAAGUGAAAUAACAUCCGUAUAUUAUUAAAAAAUCAUGCUUACGUUUUCAUCUUAGCUGAAAUGUAGGCUAAAGUACGAUGUUUCCAAAAUUAAACGAGAGUCUUGAUAGGAUCAGUCUCAAGAAAUACUUCUUACGAAGGUAACUUGUCCCGCUGCAGUUAUUGUUUCAAGACACGUCUAAGCAGACUCAAAACACUGAACAUGACAUCGAAAAAAAACAUGGUCAGCUACCCGCGCAUUGUAGUCCAGAGGCGAGAAGCGAGGAGGAGUCGCCCUAUCAUCGACACGGAUAGACGUGGCGUUAUCCGUCGCAGCAGCGUCAGCCAGCGUCGUGGCACCUAUGGAUUCAGCUGAACUGGACAUCGUGUCGUCCGACGAAGGACGUCUCUGCCGCAAUGUGGCCCUGUAUCCGAUGGCGGCAUCCCACCACAACACACCGGAGGGCUAUCAUGACGACUCUCUCACUUUUUGCCGUGCUCAACAUCACUUACCUGUACGUCCACUACGAAGUUCGCAUGACCGACCUAUCUCUCUCGUGGCCCCUCUUCGAGCAGUCGGUUGCGAACGUAAGGGACUGGAGCGAAGCAUCGUCCAGUUCAGAGCUGCCCACGGAGCCACCGGACCCCAGCUGGGAGUCGCACCAGUCCUGGGGACCCAUCGAGCAGCUGUCCAGCGGAUACGACCGCCUUCCGUAUCCUGUUGAAAACACCAGCUACCUGCCGGUCGCUUCUUCGGUGGCUUCGACGUGCAGAGACCACCUGAGCUACCUGUUCUUCGUCCACACCGCACCCGACCACUUCACCCAUCGUGACAUUCUACGCAAGUUUAUCGGAGACGCCACGCUGAUGUCACGCUACAACUGGUCCAUCGUGUUCUUUCUGGGUCUCGCCCGAGACGCCAAGACAAUGGACAUGGUCCUGGAAGAAGCUACGCACAACGGGGAUAUUGUGAUCUUUCCUUACAUGGAUACAUACCGUAACCUCACCUACAAGUACGUCUAUGGGAUGAAGUGGACGAUGGACAACUGUCCUUCCGCGAAGUACAUCGUGAAAAUGGACGACGACAUUGUGUUAAACUUGUAUAAGCUGCUUAGGUAUAUAGACCAAAGGACAGAGUCAGAAAAACCGGCGUUUCACUGUUGCGUUUGGGAGGGCAUGCCGGUUCUUAGGCACACCAUGUCCCCGUGGUACCUUUCGGAAAAACUCUACCCACCUAAUGUCUUCCCAACGUACUGCUCUGGGAGCACGGUUAUAUUUAGAAGCAGCAUUCUGCGGCCGCUGUAUAACGCCUCCUUUGAACUUCCUUUUCUUUCAGUGGACGACGCACUAGUGACCGGAGAAAUGGCUAGGAUCGCAGGCGUGGGUCACGUGUCACUGAACAGAUACUACUCCUUCUCCGGCGACCAGUGGAAGAAAGUGGUCAAAGGGGAGAUCAUCUUCGGACACAUCCACGGCGAAAGAGCUCGUGUGAGAGGGUGGAAGGCUGUGGUGAAGGAACUUCUAGCAAAAAGAAAGAGAAUGCCAAAAGCAUCCGAUAGUAAUGCCGUUUCGAAGUCGUUGCGAACUUCGAGCCUAAGUAUCCGAUCGACCGCCGGGGCAGUCAUCAUAGGAACCACAACUUCUAAUAGGGCUUUAGCCGUGAACCAAGUGUCUCGUGUUGCCAACAAUCGUGCAGCGGACGGUCUGACUGGGGAGCCAGAAAGUGACUCUUCAACAAAUAGUAUCACUUUUACAACGGAUAUGCGCGUCAUCCGUUCUAAUGCUAUGCCUUCGAGCUGACGGAAGCUUCGAGUCAGUCACGCAUCUAGAAAGACGCGUAUAUCUGUUGUAGAACUGAUACUCCGUUCGCCCACAUGAUCAACUGGAGCAGGCGCCGUCAUUGCGAGAUCGUAGAGGUGUGGUGUUUCUCUAUAUCAAAAGAACUUGCGUUCACAGCAUUAACUUAAGCCGAGAGGAAGCGUGAGCAGAGCACCAUUGCGGAAAGUUAGAAUUAACUGCUUUAUGCUCCAUCUCACAAGUGUCGAGAUCGCGGACAACAGUACAGGUCUGCGAGCAGAGCUGAGCCAUACACAUGAUUUUGUUUGUGCACGAACUCACGUACACUUCAACACAGGGCCCUCGCGUCACGCCGCUGUGUUGGUGUUGCUAUUGGCAGGGCGCAUGCCCAGAUGCUCUACGAACCUGGUUCCUGUGGACGAGCAGUGCCCUCACCUUCCUGUGAGAACUGCGCGUUUGCCCACACCUUGUGUGGGUUCGUUAGUAAACAGCGCGUUCUCGCGCCUUUACUAGCACCAUGGUGACUGGAACGCGUCUCCGACUGGUGUGCUUAACGUCCUAUCCUGCCAACACAUCAAAAGGGGUCCCGGAGUGACAACAAAUGACGUCACAGAAGCCGGAGUUUUACGCUGUCAGAAGUCAGAUUGCUGACGCUUUGCACUCCGGGCACCUUGAAGGUCAUAAUACCCGGCUUUUGCGCACCGAGAAUCUGGAAAGUCACCAUUCGUCCAUCUUUCUGACCAGUCGUGCAAUUGGUCGGACCGUGUGACGUACUAUCGGGUACGAAUGAAUUGCGGAUAGCGGAGAGCGUGGCCUACGAUGCAUGCUGCCUUUCCUAGAGGCAAUUAAUAAAACUGCGCGUUGAAAGGGGACUGCGAGGGUACGCGCCUAUUUAGCCUAUUCCAAUGUGCACACCCCGUAGCCCCUCACUCCACUCCGCAGUCGUAUCAGUGCCUAUAGUCGGCGACAGGUUAAGAGUUCAGGGCG